UCAAGCACAUUCACUAAUACCUUCCAAUUCUUCAAAACCUACAAUUUUCGAAUUCAUCAAUCAAAACAAUAAAUUAUUUUUCUUCCUUAUAAAUGGAGCCUGGACGAACCGUGCAUCGUAACACCGUUGAGCUAGAAACAAUCCGAGCAAACACCGUGUAUGAUGAAGACAAUAAUCAAGGUCAAAAACGUGCUGAAGAGGGGGAAAACGAUGAUUUAGACUACACGAAACGAGCUCAGUGGCUACGAGCUGCGGUCCUAGGAGCAAAUGAUGGGCUUAUUACUACAGCCUCCCUAAUGAUGGGUGUAGGUGCAGUGAAGCAAGAUGUUAAGGCCAUGAUACUCACUGGAUUCGCUGGCCUUGUUGCUGCCGCGUGCAGCAUGGCCAUCGGAGAGUACGUGUCGGUCUACUCGCAGGUUGACAUCGAGCUAGCUCAAAGGAAAAGAGAGAAGAAGGAUAAUAAGGAUGAGGAGGAGAGUUUGCCAAGCCCUAUACAAGCGGCAUUUGCUUCUGCUCUUGCGGUUGCUGUGGGGGCCGUGGUGCCACUGCUGGCGGCAUUGAGUGUAAAGAAUCAUAAGGUGAGGCUCGGGGUUGUGCCGGCGGCUGUUACGGUGGCUUUGGUGGUGUUUGGGUGGUUAGGGGCGUAUCUAGGGAAAGCACCGAUUUUAAGGGCUUCUUUGAGGGUUUUGUUGGGUGGUUGGUUUGCUAUGGGUAUUACCUUUGGUUUAACCAAGUUGAUUGGGUCCCAUGGGCUGUAACUUAAUUACUACGAAGUAUUGUUAGCUAUUUUUAUUCUAAUGUAGUCAUUAAGAGGGUAGCUUAGCUUACAUUGCCUCGCUUGAAAAAAAAAAAAAAAAAACCUUACACUAUGUGAGAAAUAAUAACAAUUGGCCUGGACAAAGUUGUAUCAUACUUGUUUUCUGUUCAAAAAAAUAAAAAGUUGUUUUUUUGUUUUAUUGUA